AUGAAUACGGAAGCAGGAAUUGAUGCGAUUUCAUCUUCACAAGAAGCUGAUUUAACUAUUCCUUUUUCUAGUGAGCAACCUCCAAUCGUUACAUUUGAUGAAUGGACUAAGGAAAAGUUAAAAAAAGAAGAGAUUAGGAAAGCUGAACAACAACAGAAUAGCCAGCAUAAAGCGGCUGUAUAUUCGGAUACUGGUGAGACUUUGAAAAUGGAUUCCAGUUCAGUUUCUAUAUCAAAAACUGAAGGUACAGCAGGACUUACGCCGCCAAAUAUGAUUUCUCAGGAGGCUACAGCAAGGAACUAUGCUUCGAAAGAAUGUGGUGCCAAAGUUUUGUUCAGCAAUGAUGAGGCUGAAAAUAAGAAUGCCGUAUUGAAUGAGAAAGAAGCGGUUGACUAUAUGCGUAAUCCUUGUGAACGUGCAGAGCAUAAAUGGCUUAUUAUUGAACUUUCUGAAACGAUACAGGUUGUCGUUGAGAACAAUCGUGAAAUACAACGGUUUCCAAUUAUUGCGCAUUCUUGGAAUUAUUGUCAUACCGAACAUUACUCUACGCUUAGUUUAAUGCGACUUCUCGGGAUUUCAAUGGUUGAUGAAGCGGAGGCUGAAGCUGCCGCAAUUUCAGACACAUCUGCUGUGGUGAAUGCAGUUGGCAGUAUAGGAAUUGAUAAUAUGAAAAGCGUUCUCGAAUCGACUUUUCUGUCGAAACGUACUGGAGUUUCUUUACAUAAUAUUACCAGAAGCAAUAUAACCAUGGCAGAAUUAUGUACGAAAUGUUCUCCCGACACUAUCAGUAAUUACGUUUUAUUUUGUCGAACAUUCUUUGGAUUUCAAUAUAGUUUUAUUGGCACUGGCAAUAUUAAUGAAGCAAAAAAUAAGCAGGUUCGUAUUUCAUCUUUAAAAAACCAGAAGGAAAGAAAUCGAACGCGACUUCUAGAAUUUUUCCUUUCUUCCGUUUUACCAACCGAUAUUUGUGAGCUGAGAUUGGAAAAUUUUAAAAAUGUCACUUCAUAUAACGUAACAGAAUCGGAUAGUAUCUCAACAAUAUCACCUACCAUAAAUUCACCGAUGGCUUCAAAUUCGUUAAGUGGAAAGUUGAACAGAGGAUUUAUGAUUCCUGGAGGAGUUACGAUAUUUCUGAAACUGAAUAUAAGCGAAUCAGUUGAAUUAAUUAUUAAACAAGCGGAAGAAGCAGCUAUUAAUGCCAUCAGAUCUUCCAUUAAUGCUCUAAAAAUUCAGAUGGAUGCUCUUGCAGCCAGCUUGAGAGAACUCAGUGAAACAGUGAAAGCUUUACCGCAGGAAAUUACUCCAGCACAUCAUAUAUGA